AUGGGAUAUGAUAUGUCCAUCUACAUCUUUGGCGGCCUCGUCACAACUGGUCUAUUCGAAGUCGGUGGCGACGUCGAUUUUGUUGGAAUUCUCGAUGUUGAGCCUGGCUUUGCGGAAGCGGGCGAAAUUCUUAGACGGUCUUCGAGUGAGUUGCGCCGCCUUGGGCUGCGCUCCCGUGCGUAUCCAAAAGCUCGCGUGCCAGUUAUAAAGGCUGACCGAGUAAGCCGCAGCCUUCCAGGCUCGCCAUUUCACAGCUUGUCUUGCGAUGGAAUUUUUCAGUUUAGCAGACAAGUGAAUGCUGCUGAGGCAGAGAGUUUCAGAAAUCGUGUCGAAUCGAAUUACAACGCGACGUCUGUCGAAUGGAAUAGCUCGUAUCAGUUUGCGACGGUGCAGUUUACGACUACUUCCUCUCUCAUCUACGGGCUUGCCAACCUGAAGGCGCACAAUGAGGUGGAAAUUCCACUUCGACUUCCUGUCGAUGUGCGUUACGGUCCCGAGGUGUACAGAUUCCCGUUUGACUUCUGUCUUUCCUCGACAGGGCUGCGGAGCUCGCAUGUGCUUGGUGAGGCAUUGGCCCAGUACCCAUUCUCGCGGCAUUUGCUUCUAGUCCUCAAAAAGUGGGGUCGUGCUAGUGGCAUUAUCAAUUCUAUCGACGGACUUUUAGCCAGCUACGCGCUGACAGUGAUGGUGGUGCACUUCCUGUCGCUCGUACAGGCGAUACCAAAAGUCACAGCUGCGAAGCUGAAUGAGGGGCCUAAGGCGCUGAGUCCCAAUCCCGAGUAUCGUCCUCUUGAAGAUGCGCGCCCAGAUGCUAUGGCGGAGGUCGGCUACUUGCUCGCUACAUUCCUCGAAUACUUCGGAUGCGCUUUCGACUACCAGAAAAAUGUUGUGUGUACAACAAAUAUGGCCUUGACGAAAGCGACAAUGGGGUGGGACAGAGAUAACGGCGCAGUCGGGAAGCCACCCUUUUUUCACUUUGCCAUCAAGGACCCGUACAGCUUGGAUAACAUUGCUCGCAAUUUAGACAUGGAGUCUACAGUAUAUGUUCAGAAAGCUCACGAUUUGGCAGUGAAAAUGGUGAUGGACGAAUUCAACGAUCCCACGUUCCUUGUCUCAGCCCUCACCAAGGACCCCCGAAAACCCCCUCGCGUAGUGCGUUCUCUGAGUGACCGUGGCAUUCACUCUGAAUGCAUCCCUUCAGAUCAGUUGGAGGCACGGCACGUCUUGAACAAACUACAAUUUCAACAGCGCAAGCGAUCGAUGGAGGACUUUGGUGAGAGGGCGGUGAAGAACAAAAAGAAUCAGAGCACUGCAUCUGAUGUCACGAAAAAUGUUCUGGGGUGGAUUAGGAACGAUGGUGUUUUGUAG